AUAGCUCAUUUCUGUGAGGAAUUUCACAAUUUGAUGUAGUAACUAUAGCUAAACUAUACCAUUAAAUUGCUAUUUUUGUUCUAAUUUCUGCCAUAUUCCCAUUGCAGAGGCGGAUGCCCCAAACUUUUCGUGAUCCAGCCACUGCUCCAUUGAGGAAACUCUCCGUAGAUUUGAUCAAAACCUACAAGCAUAUUAAUGAGGUUUACUAUGCAAAAAAAAAACGGCGGCAUCAGCAGGGCCAGGGAGAUGAUUCCAGUCACAAAAAGGAGAGGAAAGUUUACAAUGAUGGUUAUGAUGAUGACAACUACGACUACAUUGUGAAAAAUGGGGAGAAGUGGAUGGACCGCUAUGAAAUCGACUCUUUAAUAGGCAAAGGAUCCUUUGGACAGGUUGUGAAGGCUUAUGACCGAGUGGAGCAGGAGUGGGUGGCCAUCAAAAUCAUCAAAAACAAGAAGGCUUUCCUAAACCAGGCCCAGAUUGAAGUGAGACUGCUCGAGCUGAUGAACAAACAUGACACUGAGAUGAAGUACUACAUAGUGCAUUUGAAGCGUCACUUCAUGUUCAGGAACCACCUGUGCUUGGUGUUUGAGAUGCUGUCCUACAACCUGUACGACCUGCUGAGGAACACCAACUUCCGCGGCGUGUCCCUCAACCUGACGCGUAAAUUCGCGCAGCAGAUGUGCACGGCCCUGCUCUUCCUGGCCACCCCCGAGCUCAGCAUCAUUCACUGUGACCUAAAACCAGAGAACAUCCUGCUCUGCAACCCCAAAAGGAGCGCCAUCAAGAUCGUGGAUUUUGGCAGUUCGUGUCAGCUUGGGCAGAGGAUAUACCAAUAUAUCCAGAGUCGUUUCUAUCGAUCACCAGAGGUGCUACUGGGAAUGCCUUAUGACCUUGCAAUUGAUAUGUGGUCCCUUGGGUGUAUUUUAGUCGAGAUGCACACUGGAGAGCCUCUCUUUAGUGGGGCAAAUGAGGUGGAUCAGAUGAAUAAAAUAGUGGAAGUCCUGGGGAUACCACCAACCCACAUCCUCGACCAAGCACCCAAAGCAAGAAAGUUCUUUGAGAAGUUGCCAGAUAGCACUUGGAACUUGAAGAAGACCAAAGAUGGAAAAAGGGAAUACAAACCACCGGCGACUCGCAAGCUCCACAAUAUCCUGGGAGUUGAGACAGGAGGGCCUGGUGGGCGCCGUGCUGGGGAGUCAGGUCAUACUGUAGCUGACUACUUGAAGUUCAAAGACCUCAUCUUAAGGAUGCUUGACUAUGACCCCAAGACACGAAUCCAGCCCUACUAUGCCCUGCAGCACAGUUUCUUCAAGAAAACGGCGGACGAAGGUACCAACACGAGUAACAGCGUGUCCACGAGUCCUGCCAUGGAGCAGUCACAGUCUUCAGGAACCACCUCUAGUACAUCUUCAAGCUCAGGUGGAUCUUCUGGCACGAGCAACAGUGGAAGGGCGAGGUCGGACCCCACACACCAGCAUCGACACAGCGGUGGGCACUUCACUGCUGCUGUUCAGGCUAUGGACUGUGAGACACACAGCCCACAGGUUCGACAGCAGUUUCCUCCUCCCAUUGGUUGGACAGCCACCGAAGCUCCCAGCCAGGUCACCGUGGAGAACCACCCGGUUCAAGAAACCACCUUCCAUGUAAACCCUCAGCAACAGAACGCAUUACACCAUCACCAUGGCAACAGCUCCCACCACCACCACCAUCACCACCACCACCACCACCACCAUGGACAGCAAGCCUUGGGCAGCCGGACCAGGCCGAGAGUCUACAAUUCUCCAACAAACAGCUCCUCCACCCAGGAUUCUAUGGAGGUGGGCCACAGUCACCACUCCAUGACAUCCCUGUCUUCCUCAACUACUUCUUCCUCUACAUCUUCCUCCUCUACUGGUAACCAAGGCAAUCAGGCCUAUCAGAACCGCCCAGUGGCUGCUAAUACCUUGGACUUUGGACAGAACGGAGCUAUGGACAUGAAUUUAACAGUCUACUCUAAUCCGCGCCAAGAAACUGGCAUAGCUGGACAUCCCACGUACCAGUUUUCUGCUAAUACAGGUCCUGCUCAUUACAUGACUGAAGGACACCUUGCCAUGAGGCAAGGCAUUGAUAGAGAAGAGUCUCCCAUGACAGGAGUUUGUGUUCAGCAAAGUCCUGUGGCUAGCUCGUGACUAAACUGAAACUAAGUUUGUUUCUUGUGUGUUUUUAUAGAAGUGGUGUUUUUCCAAAAAACAAAGUGCAAAGCUGCUUGAAUCAGAAGGAGAUAAACUCACUGAACCGCUACAGGAGGGCAAAGUUGACUAUUUUUUUAAACUUGAAAAGAUUGCAAAGGGACAAUGAAGUUUGGUUUUUUUUGGUUUUUUUGCUGGGGGGAGGUUUUUUUGGUUGGUUUUUUUUUUUUUUUAAGAGCCAUGUCUGGACCCACCUUAACGGAUAGCUUAGUGGUGUUCACCUUUUGCUUCCCCCAUCUUAACUUGCCAUAACCUAGUCAUAGUUUGGUUUUUUUGGGGAGGGGUUUUGAUUUUUUUAAUUUUUAAAUUUUUUUUUUUUUUUUUUGCUCUCAUUCGACAGGGGUUAUUGUUCAAAUGUUAGUCAUAGUUGCAAGCUAGUUUCUUUUUAAAGGCAUUGCACAUGAUUUCUAAAAAAAGGCCCUUUGAAGUUUUGUGGGUGGGAGGGGGAGUGAGUAAUAUAUAUAUUUUUUUUAGUUCCCCAAACAACCAUGGGCACAGAAAUGCAGUACUGUAAGAAAGAGGGACCUUCAGAUUACACAAAUAUAUUAUUCUUCAGCUGUAAAAAGGGACGGUUGUGACGGAGUUUGUGAGGCACAUUGAGCAUGCGAAGUGGCGGUGAGCAGAACUCUCCUUUUCUGAAUCUACUGAGGAUCAAAGCAGCAAUUGUGAUGGGAAUUCUGUGGGUGCCACCUUUGGGAGCCCACGGGCAGUUAGGAUGGAAAUCUGACUGGUUUCAUAACUGAGGUGCACUGAGAAGCAAUCAACGGGUCGGUCCUGGCCAGUCCUGGGGAGGUCUAAGUGGUGGUCUUUGGGAUAACCUUUGGCCUUAUGGAUUUGGACUCUUAAGUUAGAAGAGCCUACCAUUUCAGAUGCAAUCACUUUUGGACAUGCUUUUGCAGACAGUCCUUAAUGCUGAAAACACAGAGAAUGGGUAAUUCAAGAGGCCUUUCUUUUAAAAUAGACUUUUGUGACCCACUUAUUGUAAGGUAUUGCAAGGUCACUUUGCGUGUGUCAUAAAGUUGACUUCCUUAUUGGUUGAAGGUCACAGGAGUAGUGGUUUGCGUUUGAUGGAAAUAGCUACAACUGUGUCCCUUCCUGCUUUUUACUUUUUUCUUUUGCUUUUUCUCGGCACGUGGUUUUCUCCACCAUUACUUCUGCACAAAGACGUCUUCUGUUCAUCCUGAACAUUUUUAAAAAAAAAAAAAAUGCAGAAUUUUAUGUGACUGCUUUUUUGCCUCACAAUUAUGCUGUGAAUUUUACAAAAAUUUAUUUUCUUUUUUGAUAAUUUAUUGUACCAAAGCUGUUUUUAUAGCACAUAGAUGUCUGUAACCAAUAAUGUAGCAGUUCUGCACUUUGACACAAGGUGUAACUAGACCAUUUUUAAAUGUCAGUUGAAAAAUUAUGGCUGUACUAUUGCUUAAACAAAACUGGAACUGUUGUUGAAUUCAUAGCCAAUACAUUUACAGCAAUCUGUGUACUGAAGAUAAUAGAUUGACAUCUACUUGGAGACUAUAACAUCUGUUACAUUAUCAAUGUGUUCAGGCUUCUGAAGGUUAAAAGGGACACUAGAUCCAGAAGCUAUGAAACCAGCAGUUGAUUCUUGUAUUCCUUAUUAACAUAAUU